AUGGUUUGUUGUUCGGCGCAUCUUUGCAUUGGAGAAGUCCAAUUGCCCGUUGACGACCACGUUGUUGAUUGCGUGUUAAGCCGCGUAUUCAUUUGCGACAGUGACUUGAUCAAACUCGCAGAGAAACGGCAACAUGUCAUUGAGCUGUUUUGUGAACGGCUGGUGACAAAGGUUUUGGAAAACGAACUUAAUCCGGUGACUGCCAUCUCUCGGUCCCCAUCGGAUAUACUCCAAGAAGUAGUGAUCUCCUUGCUGUUGGACACGCUUGUGCGUACAGUGUGUCGACGAUCACACGAACAGGUUGCCGAAAACAGCAGUGAUAUAGAGUUAAUGAAGUCUCUCGGGCUUCCUGAGAGAUUUGGUUCGAAGAAGGACGAAAUCUAUAGAAAACGGAAGAAACACCGAAAUGGUGCUCGUCAUCGGCGAAUUAUCUCUCGCCAUGAACAAAGAGAGGAAGGGAACGAAGAAAGUAUGUUGGCCGUUAAAGAUGAUGCAUUGUUUCUACCGGAAGAGUGCUCAGCUGUAGCUAAUUCCGUCGGCGAGUCGUCACCGACGACGACUGCAGUAAAUAACCCAAACGACCAGUGUUUGUCGUACGUUCGACUAAAGUCGUGGGUGAAGAAGUUCGGAUCCCAGUUGAGUGAACACGGAAAACAGGAAAUAUUUGCUUCUCUUGGCGAGUUCCAACAGCCUGACGUUUCUUUGCCAUUUGCGUUGAGCUUCUUAGACAGAAUCGUCACCAAGAUUAUUGAAAAUUAUCCGGAUUUCACGAGCGAUCAUCUCAGCACGUGGGAAGAGAUGUGGGUGAAACACUGCGAAUUUACUUUCGAAAUGUUCUGCAAAUGCGCUGUGACGUCGACUGAAGAAACGACGUCCGAUUCAACAGCUAACAGCAGUUGUGGCAUAUGCACGGAGGACGCUUCUUUUGCACCAGUGUCUGGUAGUGACGAUGCUCCUGAAGAAUAUCCCAUAGAACGGAGCUCUACGUUGGUAGAUGUGGAAGUGCCAGAAAAAGUGGUCUCACUUCCUCCAUCUUCUCACUCGGAUAGGCGAAUACGUCAGUUGAAGAAAGCACAACGACGAUUAAAAAAAUUAAACUUCGUUUUGGGAAAAUCUGAUGUCGAGUCGGUGGUGAAAAUGCUCGUAGAUCACGGCACCGACGACUUGUCCUUAGAUGGGAGUACAACGGUCGGUGAUUUUGGUAAAAUGCCGUUGUCCAAAAGGCGGUUGUGGUCAUCAGGUUUUCGGUUCGAUCCCUUGAUGGACUCUGCGCUGUUAGCCCAGAGAUCGAUUGUGCGCAGAUCGCUGAGAAAAUAUUGGAUGCAGCGUUACAGAUUGUUCAGUAAGUUCGAUGACGGUAUCUUGAUGGAUGAAGAAGGAUGGUAUUCCGUGACGCCUGAAAGGAUUUCUGAACAUAUAGCUGAGCGCUGUCAAUGCGAUGUCGUCAUGGACGCGUUUUGUGGGGUCGGAGGAAAUGCGAUUCAGUUCGCAAAGUACUGCAGUCACGGUACUCUUUGGCGUAGUUAUAAAUUAUAACU